CACGCCCUGCAGCCCAAGCGAAGCGUCAGCAAAACUGUCAUGGCGGCGCCCUGUGAACUGUCAGGAUGGUUUCCUGCUAUAGCAAUUGGGGUUACCUUUCUAAAGUGUCUUUUGAUGAACACAUAUCAUUCCACAGACUUUGAGGUGCACAGAAACUGGCUUGCCAUCACACACAGUUUACCAGUUUCCAAAUGGUAUUUUGAGGAAACCUCAGAAUGGACACUAGACUACCCACCCUUCUUCGCUUGGUUCGAGUAUAUUCUGUCACAUGUGGCAAAAUACUUUGACCAAGACAUGCUGGUUGUUCAGAAUCUAAAUUAUGCAAGCCCAGCCACCAUUCUGUUCCAGAGGCUCUCCGUAAUAUUUGUGGAUGUGGUGUUUUUCUAUGCGGCACAAGAGUGCUGUAAAACCGUGGCUGAUAACAAAGUGAAAGAAGUCUUGGCGAAGCCAUCCUUUGUCCUGGCCGUCCUGUUGGUGUGGAACUUUGGCCUUUUGAUUGUCGACCACAUCCAUUUUCAGUACAAUGGUUUCAUGUUUGGCAUACUACUCCUGUCCAUCGCAAGACAUUGUCAGAAUAGACACUUAGAGGGCGCCCUACUCUUCGCUGUGCUGCUGAAUCUGAAGCACAUCUACCUCUACAUUGCUCCUGCCUACGGCAUCUUCCUCUUGAGAUCUUACUGCUUCACUUCAAACAACAAAGAUGGCUCAAUACAGUGGAGGAGUUUUAGUGUGGUCCGGCUAAUUGCUCUAGGAACCAUCGUCCUCUCUGUCACUGCCCUAUCCUUCGGGCCCUUCAUUGCUAUGGGCCAGUUACCUCAGGUGCUCUCCCGCCUCUUCCCCUUCAAGAGAGGCCUGUGCCACGCCUACUGGGCCCCCAACAUGUGGGCCCUCUACAACAUCGCUGACAAAGCCCUGUCCAUACUGGGUGUGAAGCUGAAAGUGUUGGAUGUGGAUGCGUUGGCCAAAGCGUCCAUGACUGGAGGGCUGGUGCAGGAGUUCCAGCACUCCGUCCUGCCCUCAGUCUCUCCCCUGGCCACACUCGUCUGCACUGUACUCUCCAUCAUGCCUGCUCUGCUGCACCUGUGGCUGCGUCCUGGAGGCGCCAGGUCGUUUGUGCGCUGCGUGGUCCUCUGUGCUCUGGGCUCCUUCAUGUUCGGAUGGCACGUGCACGAGAAGGCCAUCCUCUUGGCCAUCCUGCCCCUCAGUCUGCUGGCCGUGGAGAGCCAAGAGGAUGCCCGGAUAUUUCUGCUGCUCAGCACCACGGGACACUACUCGCUGUUCCCGCUCCUCUUCACGCCUCAGGAGCUUCCCAUCAAAGUCCUCCUCAUGGGAAUUUUCACUCUCUUCUCCUUCUCGUCACUGAAAACUCUGAAUGGUAAGGAGGGCGGCCUGCUGAGCUCCAUGGAGGGCCUGUACUUGGCCGGCCUGCUGCCCCUGGAGGUGCUGUGUGAGUGGGUGUACCCGCUGACCGCCUGGCAGAGCUCCAUGCCCUUCCUGCCCCUGCUGGCCACCUCGGGGUACUGCGCCCUGGGCGUCACCUACUCCUUCAUCGCACUCUACCGGUCUCUACUCACACCGCACAGGACAAAACACAAGGUCAAGUCGCAGUGAGGGAGAGAGAGAGAGUGUGUGUGUGUGUGCGCGUGUGUGCGUGUGUGUGUGUGUGUGUGUGCGUGUGCGUGUGUGUAGAAGGAAGAAACGCAGACCGUGAAUUGAGUGUGAGGGAUAGAGAUCAUCAUACAUACAUUUCUGUGAAAUUCUAAAUGUGUGUGUACAUACAUAUGCGUAUGACAAACCUCCAGAAGAAUGCCAGUUUGUUUAUGCUAUAUACAUACUGACAUUCUUCUGUUUUUGUUUUCAUACACUUUAUGGCGUACUCAGUUAUUGACUGAGCCCAUGGGCC